CAAACGCAGCGGACGAGGCUCAGUGUGUCUGAGACUCGUACUGAUUGAUCGUCUGAUUAGACGAACAAACAAAUAUCCGUAUUAUCAGAAGCGGGAGGAAGCGGAGCGCAAGCCAUGCCAAGCUGUUCCUGGAGUGACAGAGGUGACAGAGAGACUAUAUGUUGACGAGUGUCCGUUGAACCCUUUACUUCCUGGAGCUUACUGAUAUCCUGCUUCAGCUUUUACCGGGAGGUGUUUGGAAAAUGGGGAGGAGGAAGAUCCAGAUCACACGGAUCGUGGAUGAAAGGAACCGACAGGUGACGUUCAUGAAGAGGAAGUUUGGACUGAUGAAGAAGGCCUAUGAGCUGAGCGUUCUGUGUGACUGUGAAAUCGCCCUCAUCAUCUUUAACAGCUCCAACAAGCUGUUUCAGUAUGCCAGCACCGACAUGGACAAAGUCCUACUGAAAUACACAGAGUACAACGAACCACACGAGAGCAGAACCAACUCUGACAUUGUAGAGGCCCUGAACAAGAAGGAGCACCGAGGCUGUGACAGCCCUGACAAUGACGCCUCCUACGUCCUCACCCCCAGCACUGAGGAGAAAUACAAGAAGAUUAAUGAGGAAUUUGACCACAUGAUGAAGAGUCAUAAAAUUACCCCAGCCCAUCAACAGCAGAACUUCAUGCAUGUAGCACCAGGCAACAUGUCAUACAGAGGAGGAGGAGGAGGAGGAGGAGGAGGAGGAGGAGGAGGAGGAGGAGGAGUGACUUCUCAGGCGCUCGCUGCAGCCACAGCAGCUCUGGCUGACAGUGGGAUCCUCUCCUCACAUCACUCGCACCUCCACAGAAAUUCUCCACAGAGACCCCCCAGCACUGGGAACACAGGUGGCCUGCAGGGCAGCUCUGAUCUGGUUCUUCAGAAUGGAUCUGGGCCAGUUGUAAAUGGUUUUCUGGGCUCACCUGGUGGAGGCAGUUUGGGGAAGAUCAUACAAUCCAAAUCACCUCCUCUCCCACCUCCUGGGAACAACCUGGUCCUCGGCAGCCGUAAAACUGAUCUGCGAGUGGUCAUACCCCAGUCCAAAGGAAUGAUGCAAACACUGAGCAACCAGAGAGUGAGCAACAAUCAGUCCAACCAGCCUCUGUCCACCCCAGUGGUCUCCAUCACCACACCCAGUCUGCCUCACCAGAAUCUGGUCUACACCGGCAUCGGCUCUACCUACAAUGAUUACUCCAUGAACAGUGCAGAGCUGUCAGGCUUCAGCUCACCCGCAGGCUUGUCUGUGGGCUCCAUGACAUCGUGGCAGCAGCACCAGCUGGAAUCACUGGGGCGGGGGAGCUCCAGUCUCUCCAUCAACACCAAUCACAACCUCAACAUCAAAGCCGAGCCCAUCUCCCCACCCCGCAACCACCUCAACCACUCUGUGUACUUGACCCAGGCUCACGGCCAUCCUCAUCCUCACUCCUCUAGCUCUUCAUCUGCCCGAGCAGAGCUGGGGAGGUCUCCUGCAGACAGUGUUAGCUCCUCCUGCAGCUCCCACGAGGGCGGCAGCGACAGAGAGGAGCAGCAGCAGCAGCAGCAGCAGCAGCAGCACCAGCAGCACCAGCAGCACCAGCAGCAGCAGCGGCCGGACCUCCACUUGCUCCCUGUGAGCCUGUCAGAGGGCGGCGAGAGUCAGACGGUCAAACGAAUGCGAAUGGACAGCUGGGUGACAUAGACCCUGCAGUGUCAUGGCCACACGACAUCAGGGCAAACACAGGAAGGACACUGUUAUGCAAAUUAAAUGUCAAUUUUAUUGACGUGUUCUGUUAUUUUUCAUUAAGUUAUCUCUGUUUUUAUGUUUGAUGAUCAGAUUUUUAAGAAGGAUGAUAUUGUUAAUUUGUCAGAAUCUUUCCAAUCAAUAAAUUAUUCUGUGGAACUGAUAUACACAUACACAUAAUAUGCCAUCCUUUGAAUUGUGUAUGUCUGAAAGUAUGGCUCCAAUUGCAGGACAAUCUGUCAUUUUUUAUCCAAUGGGAGGCUUGACAAUAGCGUCGUCUGACAGUUUGUUCAUGUUUUGGGUGGGAAAUCAUUGAAUUACUGCUGGUUGUCUCCAACUGGGUGUCACCCAAUUAAUUUUUGAUCUUCUCAGGGUUUGAGACAUUGAGUCCAGCAUGAAAGCAAUACUCCGUCCACAUCGUCAUCAGUGUAACUUCUCUUCACACAAACACUUAUUUAUAUCAGCCAAAGCAGUAUGCUGCUUUUUCUAAAUGUCAUUUGUGAGUGAUUUUAUAUUGUGCACAGAAACAGACAAUGUUACAGUCAGAUUUCCAACUGAAAGCCAUGGACACUUGUUUUGUGUUUACUACAGAAAUAUGUCUUUAUUGUUUUGUAUAUAGCAUCUUUAAUAUAUAUCACUUUUUGUUGUACCUGUAUAUUGUUAAAUUGUCUGUCGUAUAUGCCUGGUUAAAAUAUGACACCUCCACCAGAUUUACAGAAAGUAUAUUUUUGUGGUUGAUUGCCAUUUCUCAAGGCAUCGUCUUUCCUCUCUCAUCAGGUUUCUGCUGGAUAAAUCUCCCCAUUAUAUAAUAUGAAGCUACAUGCUUUCUAGAGAUGGACCCUAACCCUAACCCUAUGGAUUUAAUGGAUUAAAGAAGUCUUGCUCCUCAGAGA